UUCCCACCCAGAGAAGGCUGAGCUUUACCGCAACUAGCUCUGUUCAGCCUGACAGCACCGUGGUACCAUCUCUUCAUACUUACUUGUGUUACGGAGAUUUUACCAACCACAAGCUUUGGAAGUCGUUAUGCGCAAAAAGGCGCAUCUUCGUGGCGCAGCGGCACCGUUUUAGGUGCGGAGUUCUGAGAGACUGAGUUGGAAAAAUAAACACGUCUUUCUAAUGCGGAUUUUACAAGUCAUGAGGACUGUGUGGGUGUUGGUGUGUUUCUUUGAUUUAUCAGGUGCCGUCAUCGACUUGACGAUGAUUUCCACGGCAGAGGCCACCCACAUCAACCACUUCUAUAUCUCCUGCAUCAAUGGUGAGCGCAGCUCCGCUCGGGUUGAGCUGAACAUCAAGAGGGACAACAAGAUCCUCCAAUUAGCCAGAGAGCCGAGUUUUACGGUGAACAAGCCCACAUCCAAAGAGGUCGUGGCCAGAGAUUUCCGCCAUCCAGAAAACAUUGGUAUCUUCUACUGUGAAACCACUCAGGAAGUCCCCCUGCAGAAAGUCACGAUGAUCAACAACAUCGGCACUGCUAAUUUCAUCCCACACUACCUUACGCUGACCGUCAACAAGGGGGAGACCGCUCAUCUCACCAUGAAGCUCCUCAGCCCUGAAAAGAGAGACGUGACCUGGAAGUACAACGGAAACUACUAUUAUAUGACUCACUGGAAUGAAGUGGUGAAUCGCACCGCAACGCUGGUGGUGGAGAAUGCAACUUUGGCCAAUCAAGGCGUCUUCAGUGCCAGCUACUUUGGGGACAGCCCACUCAACGGAGCCUGGAUGAGACUUAUCGUUAGAGACUGUCCUCAUAUGAAGUGGGGUCCUGCCUGCGACAGGGACUGCCCGGUCUGCCUUAAUGCUGGAGUUUGUCAUGGUGUGAACGGGGACUGCGUCUGCCCUCCUGGAUUCAUGGGGACACGCUGUGAGAUGGCCUGCAGAGAAGGAAUGUUUGGUCGAAACUGCCAAGAGUCGUGUGGCCCCUUGCCGAACGGCAACUGCAAGGGGCUUCGCUUUUGCCUACCAGACCCGUAUGGAUGCUCAUGUGCUAGCGGCUGGUUUGGAAGACACUGUGAAAAAGCAUGCUAUAAUAACAUGUAUGGACCCGACUGCAGGCUAAGCUGUAAAUGUCAGAAUGGUGGUGUCUGCAAUCGUUUCAGUGGAUGUCAGUGUCUCAUCGGAUGGAGAGGGCAGAACUGUGAAAAGUCUGACCGGGCUCCUCAGAUUUUGGAUUUGGAUUCUAACCUGGAGUGGAAUCUGAAUUCUAGUCCCAAAAUCAAGUGUUCGGCCACCGGUAACCCGUUACCCAGUCACAACAGCAUUGAGCUGCGGAAGUUGGACAGUACCAUCUUAAAGGCCUCGCAAACCAUCAUGGAAGCCAAUAAGAGCACAGCUCUGUUUGAGAUUCCUCGCCUGAACGCUCAACAAGGAGGGUUGUGGGAGUGCAGGGUGUCCACCAACGGAGGCCAAGACUCCCGCAAAUUUAAUCUCACUGUUAAAGAGCCUCCAGUACCGACUACAGCUCCAAAAUUGCUUGAAAAGAGGAGUAAACAGCUGGUGGUGAUGCCUGCAGAGUCCCACCGAGGAGACGGCCCCGUAAUCUCAACCAGACUUCUCUACAAGCCCGUGGAGAACGGAAACUCUUGGUCAUCUAUCAUAGUUUAUAGCGACAAAGAGCCCAUCACCCUGAUGAACCUGGAGCCUUCAACACGCUACCUGGUGCGAGUCCAGCUGACUCGCCCUGGGGAGGGAGGAGAGGGGUCCCCUGGACCAGAGGCAAUCAUGGAGACAGAUUGUCCCGAGCCCACAGUUCAACCUGAGAUCGACUUUAGCACGAUGGAGGGCCGUAACGCCAUCGUCAAAUGGCAGCUGCCCCCCAACAGCGGCGUCACUCCUGGAACAGCAACCGGCUUUUUAGUGCAGCUCUUUGCUCCGCCACCUGACAAUGAGAAACUACUGGAGAAGGAAACUUUGCUGAGUGUUCUCUCCACCGUGUUCCACAACCUAGAGUAUCAUCAAGACUACACCAUGAUAGUCAGGCUGCUGAACUGUGGCAGCCAGGGUCCACCAUCCAAACCUUACUCAUUAAGGCUCAACAGCCAAGGCCCAUCGUCCCCACGCAACGUCCAGGCUCUGUCCCUUUCCACAUCAGCCAUCCAGGUGAAAUGGCAGCCCCCUAAGGAUCCAAAUGGAGGCAUAAAAAAGUACGUUAUAGAGUACCAGCCAGUUGGUCAGGGGAGCCCUCAUCACUGGGUUGACAUUGACGACUGGAACAAAACCACCAAAGAUGUGACGGCACUCAACAGCAGCACCUUGUACCAGUUCAGAGUGAGGGCCAUCUCUAAAGUCCCAGGAGAGUGGAGCAGAUUUGUUCAGAUGAUGACACAAAGCGAUGGCCUUCGAAAUUUAACUCCGACCACCCAGGGUGUGGUGGGGAGGCCAAUUGGGGACAGCUACCAGCUGGUGGUGGCCGUGGUGGCCUCCGUAACCGUUACCUGUGUGACCAUAAUGCUGGCUCUGCUGGCUCUUUUCUUCAUCAGGAAGAUGCUGCUCAAUCGUCGCCGAACGUUUACCUACCAGUCUGGAUCGGGUGAAGAAACCAUUUUGCAGUUUAACUCAGGAACUCUGACCCUCACAAGAAGGCCCAAGCCCACGCCAGAACCUCUCACCUAUCCAAUCCUCGAGUGGGAGGACAUCAAAUUUGAGGAUGUCAUUGGAGAGGGCAACUUUGGCCAGGUCAUCAAAGCCAUGAUCAAAAAAGACGGCAACAAAAUGAGUGCAGCCAUCAAGAUGCUCAAGGAGUUUGCCUCCGAGAACGACCACAGAGACUUUGCUGGAGAGCUGGAGGUGCUGUGCAAACUAGGCCAACAUCCCAACAUCAUCAACUUGAUAGGAGCCUGUGAGAACAGAGGCUACCUGUACAUAGCCAUAGAAUAUGCUCCCUAUGGAAACCUCCUUGACUUUCUGAGGAAGAGUCGAGUGUUGGAGACUGACCCCGCCUUUGCUAAAGAGCACGGCACUGCAUCCACCCUCACCUCGCAGCAGCUGCUGCAGUUUGCCGUUGACGUGGCAACCGGGAUGCAUUACCUCAGUGACAAACAGUUCAUCCACAGAGAUUUGGCUGCGAGGAAUGUUCUUGUGGGGGACAAUCUUGUGGCGAAGAUCGCAGACUUUGGUCUUUCCCGAGGAGAGGAAGUUUAUGUCAAGAAGACGAUGGGGAGGCUGCCUGUUCGCUGGAUGGCCAUCGAGUCCCUGAAUUACAGCGUGUAUACAUCCAAAAGUGACGUGUGGUCCUUUGGCGUUCUCCUGUGGGAAAUUGUGAGCUUGGGUGGCACACCUUACUGCGGGAUGACAUGUGCUGAACUAUAUGAGAAACUGCCACAAGGUUACAGGAUGGAAAAACCCAAGAACUGUGAUGAUGAGGUCUACGAGCUAAUGAAACAGUGCUGGAGGGAUCGGCCUUAUGAGAGACCUCCUUUCUCCCAAAUCUCCGUCCAAGUCAGCAGGAUGCAGGAAGCCAGGAAGGCUUACGUUAACAUGGCUCUCUUUGAGAACUUCACCUACGCUGGAAUAGACGCCACCGCUGAGGAAGCCUGACUACCAGCCCCCCCAGACCCUUGCAUGCCGCAUAGCUCCAAGAGAAAGCCACACUGCAGGUUGCAGCGAUACUGCCACCUUCCUGCUGCUCAACGGCACAGCAGCAGACCUGGGCGCUCUACUGCAACCACUCAGUUAUAGAUGGAGGACUGUGAAAGGACACUUUGCUGAAAAGUGACAUGGAGAUUGUUUGGAUAUCGGUGGACAGAUGCUACUCACUCUUAUUUUCUCUGACUGCUGAAGGGGAUUUUGCGGAUUUGGAGCUAUGCAACUUGCUGAAACACCACAGGGUCUGUGGGGCGUCAGAGCUGGAAUUUCUUACUCAUGUGGAGCAUGAGAUCUUUUCACUGUUGAAGUUGAGGACACACUAAGCAAAAGUUUUCAAACUUUCUGAGUGAAUAAGGACAAAUAUUCACCACUGUAGCACUUGAACGGUCUCGUUUGUGCCAUUUUUGUCAUAAUUAUUAGGAUUAUUGCAUACCACUGCCAUGUGAAAGUAACUACUACUGUAUUUUUGACAAUUUUCAAAGAGAGCUGAGAAGAAUUGAAGUUUUGUAUUGUGUGUGGUCAGAUUUUUAUGUAGAUUUAGUUAGAACCAAUGUGGAAAUGUAAGUUAAGCUAAUUUCUAUCAAAAUAGUUUAGAAAAAUGCAUCUAAUGGCCCCUUCACAUGAUAUUUACUGUGUUGGAGGGCAAUAUAGACAAUCUGUCUAGUUAUAAAUGUCUGAAUAUAACGUUUUAAGAUUGUUAAUUUAGUAGGCUGCUGAAAUGAUCUAGUCAUGUUUAGUCCUACUAGUGGGUGUACUUUGUGUGAAAAUCCACCAUAACAACUUGGAUGUGAAGCGUUUGUGCAGUAGGGACAUGAAUGGUGCUGGGAGUCGUACCGCCUGUGCAGCCAGGUUGUUUUACUAAAAGUAGAGGGAAAAUACCGAACCGUGCCCUUGGGAACCGUGGUCAGGCCGAGCUGCACUGGUCCGAGUUACUGAGUCGUGCUCCUGGAAAACCACCUUAAAGUUCCGUUUCUACUAUCAGAAACGUUCCAUCAGUUUUACGGGACCUUCACUGCAUUCAUCUGGACCUUCGUUUGCUGAACUGGGGGUAUGUACUCUGAAAAAGCUCGGUAGAGUCGCUGGGCGGGACUUGUGGUUAACUCAUGCUGAUUGGUCGUAAAUCUUGUUGACUUUUGUACAAAUGGACGAGAUGCUGGUGAAGCGGAUAUAAGAUUUUAAAAAGAAAGAAAAGAAGUG